CAUCAACAGCAUCCUAUACAAACCCACACACUUACACACUAUAUUCAUUCACAACAACCGCAAUCAUGUCUGACAACUCCAACAACAACAAGCCCUCCACACUCCAGUCCUACAUCGACUCUGCCACUGGUGCCGUCCAGAGUGCCGUGGGCAGCUUGACGGGCAACUCGGGCGAUCAGGCCAAGGGCGACCUUCGUCAGGACAAGGCUCAGGCUGAGUACGACGCCUCUCAAGCGGCAGUCAAGAUCCCCGGCGGCACCAUCUCCAGCGCAGGUGCUUUUGCCAAGGAUGACCCCAACAGGACUCAGGGUUCGUGGAACCAGACCGUUGGUGCUGCUAAGGAGACGCUUGGUGGCCUUGUCGGCAAUGAGUCCCUAAAGUCAGCUGGCCGCCAGCAGAAUCUUGAGGGCCAACAGCAGGAAGCCAAGGGCCAGCUACACGACUACGGUCAUGGAAUGGGCGAUCGUGUUCAAGGAACGGUUGGCGGUGCCGUCGCUGGCCUGACUGGAGACAAGGAAGGUCAGGCGCACUACGAGGAGUUGCACGAUAAGGGCAAGACACAACAGCGUGGUGCUGAGCACGAUAUCCAGAAGCAAGGGGAGGCCAACUACUAAGAUUGACAGAGUUGAUGGUUAUUAGGAGGAGAGAGACGUUGACGGAGUGGAAAGAUACCCUAUCCGUGUCAUGAUUACCGGAAAUCCUACGAAUAGUCUUUGUCUUGAUCGAUCACAAAAUUGACUCCAUUUUCUUCA